AUGGAAGAAGUUUGUAUGAUGUCGGAUAAGAGUUUGGAAGACGGAGAAAUUAUUUCCGACAGCGAAAGGUCAGUUACCUUUGUUAUGAAUUAUCAAGUUUAGUGUUCUCGUUUUUCAGUUCUAAGGACGUAGAAAACAGACUUGAAAAAGACAGCGACGAUGAAAACGCAAUCGAUGAAAUAAUCAAACAGGUUUUCCACACCUGUUUUCUCAAAAAUUUUGUUUUUCAGACAAAAACUUCUACGGAAAUACCCGUCAUUCAAAUUGAUGAUGACCCAGACGAGCUUCGCGAAAUACUCAUAUCUCAAUUGAAGAAGGCGCGUGCGAAUAAAGAAGAAAAAACCAAUAAAUUAGAAGCUCGCACUACGUCGGGGGACGAUAAAAAACGUACAAGCGCCUCUAAAAGACCUCGAAAGGCUUCGGGUAUAGUUUUCGUCCAGAAAAUGGAAAGUUAAAUUUUUCAGUCAAUUCCACAAGUCGAGAAGAAAAGAGAAGCAAGAAAACCAUCAGUUCGAAUCGCCAGAGGCGCCAUUCUGGUUUUUUUUUUUUUUGUAAAUAUAAAGCUGUUUAUUUUAGAUAAGUCGAAAUCACGGAAACGUUCGAGGUCAAGGAGAUCUCAACAACAUUCGCACUCUCACAAGGAUAGAGGUUCCGUCAACCCCUCAUUUCUCAAAGAAACAUUUCGAUUUUUGAAGAUAGUUCAAAGUCUAAAAAAAAUAGAGAGGAACCGUUUUGCGCGUUUGGUAUGAACUUGGAUCUAGAUAAUGUAUGUUUUGCGUGUGUCUGGAUCUUUUUCAAAUCAAUUUUUAGACAAAUCUGGGUGUUCUGCCGCCUCCGCCACCACCUCCUAUUUUGCCGGAGACUAUAGAAAUUCCCGGAACAACUACGAUUCCACAAGUGACGGUUUGAGAUUUUCUUGAACGCGUAUAAAAUUUUUCUUUUAGAAUGAUAAUUACGAACUAGUUGAUAUGGACGUGGAGGAAGCUCCAUCAUUUGAAACUCGUCUGAAUGGUUUGUUUUUCGGACAAUUAAGCUAAGUGUAAACAAAAAAAUCGACGUCAAGUGUAAUUAUAUGGAUGUAUCGAAACUCUAUUGCUAUGAAUUUGAUCCAGAAUAGGAAAUAUUCCUGAUCGCGCAAAAAGGGUUUAAUCGUAAUUUUUUUUUUUUUUUGAGAUGUCAUGUUUCAAUCAUGAUGUUGUUUAGGAGAGAACUGCGUGGAGAAGCCUCGUAUGAAAAGCUCGAGGAGGGGCUCAAAUGCCUCUCACGAUAGCCGAUCCGCUUUCCAGAGAUCCCCAGCCGAACCUAGCUAUGAUUUGCAAUUGGAAGAUGUUGAGAACUCUUUGUGAGUUUUUGUUUCUUAUUAAUUUUUCAAUUUAUUUUUUCAGGAGAAAGGACAGUUUUCAACUCCAAUAUAAGAUUGAUGAUCAAAUGAGAGAGCUGGAAAGUGCUGUGAGAGAAAGGAACAAAUAUAUAGUGAGUUUUAAGUUCUUUCCAACGAAGAUUAUUGUUCUAGGCUGCGUUGAAAUCGUGCAACAACAGUAUAAGCGUGAUAAGAAAUCGGAUAUCAUCAACUCAAAAAGAAAAAAAAGAGGUUGACCUUCGCUUGGAGGCUGUUUCACAGGAGCGGAUCGAUCGCCUUUGUUCUGUAGAGUGAGUAAUAUAUAGGUAUUAUUUCUAUAUAUCCAUUUUACAGUGAAUUUUACGUGUUGGAUAUGGAAUCGAACGUUUUGGAGGAAGGUCGCGCUUCUUCGAACUUAUCCGAAAGACUGGAAGGAGUGGGAAACGACGAGGACUAUGAUGAGUAUGACGAGAAGUUACUACGCCAGAGGCUUCUCAAGAAGAUGGACGGCAAUCGGUUUGUAAUUUUAAUAGAUUUUAAUAUCAAUCCAGUAUAGUUAAGGAAUUCUUUGCGAGGGUUGUUGAAAGUAUAACAUUUUUAUUCACACUAGUGCUUAAAAAACUCUUUUUCACGUCCUUGACAAAUGUCUAAAAAGAGAGAAUUGACUGCCGUUCAGUGAGAAAAACAUAUCCAACAAAACUUUGAACUUUUUCUUCAUAUUUGUUGAGCUUUUCGAAAUUUCAGAUCUAUCGGAACAGCAAUUCCGAUGGAUUCGCCCAAGGUGACGCCACAGGAAGUCGGGAAGAAUUCCGACGACAGUCAACUGAUUCGUUCUGUCUGCCCUUAUGAUCUCAUCGGUGAUUGCAAGAUCGCUUGUGAUAGGUAUUUUCGUCGAAUAAUCUUUUAAAUAUCCAAAUCGAGUUAAAGUUUCGAAAAAUGUUAAUCCUAUUGGAUUCAAUGGAGUUUCAAGACACAUUUUCUGAUUUCACAACAUCAGUUUAGUUUUCAGUGUCUGAAGUUUUAUAAUCACGAUUCCAGAGUUCAUGUUGAGCGUUUCGUGGGAGGCGAAGAAGCCUUGCUCGCUUUGGUUUUGCGCCAAUUUUUCCAGUACUCCGAGCAAGAAUCAGGUUAUUUUCUCUGAAUUUAACGUCAUCAAACUUUUUUUUUUCAUCAAAAUGAGAAAAAGCAGAUAAGUAUCUAUCAUAAUUUUUUUAUGAACCUUCUUGAAGAUUCGAUUUUCGAACUUGACUAUUUUUGAGUUUUUGUCUUAAAUCAAAAAUCAAAGUCGAUUUCCAAAUGGAAAUUCGACCUGAAUAAGUUCAUUAUAACUUACAUUUAGUAGCAAAUUUAUAGUUAAAAAACCCUCUUCUCAAUUCGUUCAAGAUUAUACUUCAGUGUUUAUUUUUUUGAGUUUCUUUGAACUUUUUUUCCUUAUGAGACAUGUGAAAUGGACAUUUUUGUUAAUGUCAUCAUGUUCAGUUGAAAUAAAAUUUUUUUUUUGUUGGAGCCAAAAUUAUUGCAGAAGAGGCGUGUGCUCAGCUGUGGGUUGUCCGACAAGACUACCCGUCUUUUAACUUUUUCCUGCGAUCUUUGCUCCAAAUGAUGAACGAGUCUCAGAUUCGCAACUUCCGCCUCUGUUACAGCAUCAACGAUGAAUAGAUUUCUUCUUUCAAAAAAUAUUUUCUAUUUUAAACUUAUAUACCAUUUCUUUGUCAUAUUAUAGUUUAAUCUAACUAGGCUUCGUUAGUUACAUAUCUUGUGCAACCAACCCGUCAUGAUUAUAUAGGUUGGUCACUUUAUUCAAUAUCAACUCUAAUUUUUAUUUUUGAGGAUCUCAAGUGGAUAUUCUCCGGGUUCUCAAGUCGCACUUCGAUUUUUCUAACGGGGUUGUUCAUUAGGAACUCUUUCGAAAGCCCUAAUCACCACGUCAAAUAUUCAGAUCAACAACCGGAUCGUUCUACAAUCGCCCGGUACUUCCUGCCUUAUUGACAACGGUUCGUGUAAUUUUUUGCCGCAUUUUGAUGUUUUACGUUAA